AAGGAGUUUCCAGGUUUCACAUCUCCAGGGAACAGCUGAUCUUACAGUGCCUCUUAUGGGAAACAUGUCCUAACAGGAUUCAUAGCAACAAUUCUUAUAUAGUGUACAGCAUCUAGACACAUAGUCUUCAGCCAUGAAGCUGCUGUUGAAGUUACAGAAUCUAAAAUUCUUGUGGACUCUGAAGCCUCCUAACAGGACUUUCCAUGGACAUCCCAGGCUGCUUUCCUCUGAUGUAUAUUCCCAGUAUGAGUCCAUCAGACAGGGCAAACAGGAAAUACCGAAGUACUUUAACUUUGCAAGUGAUGUACUGGACAAAUGGUCUGAGAUUGAAAAGGCUGGAAAGAGACCACCAAACCCUGCUUUCUGGUGGGUAAAUGGCGAAGGAGAAGAAGUGAAGUGGAGCUUUGAGGAGCUGGGGUUCCUGUCUCGGAAAGUGGCCAAUGUACUGACUAAAGAAUGUGGGCUGCAGAAGGGAGACAGGCUUAUCCUGAUCCUACCACGAAUUCCAGAAUGGUGGCUGGUCAAGGUGGCUUGUAUGAGAGCAGGAAUUGUCAUAAUCCCAGGAACAUCCCAGUUAUCAGCCAAGGACAUACUGUACCGACUCCAGGCAUCCAAGGCCGCGUGCAUCGUUACCACUGACAAACUGGCUCCUGCAGUGGAUUCAGUGGCAUCCCAGUGCCAGCUCCUGAAAACCAAGCUAAUGGUGUCCAAAGGCAGCAGGGAGGGAUGGCUGAACUUCACUGAGCUGUACCAAAAUCAAUCUGCUGACCAUUCAUGCAUCAAAACAAGGAUUCAAGACCCAAUGAUGAUCUUCUUUACCAGUGGAACUACAGGUUCUCCAAAAAUGACUCAACAUUCCCAGGGCAGUCUUGGUUUCAGACCCCUUUUAAGUGAAAGGUACUGGUUGGAUUUGACUCCCUCUCAAAUGAUAUGGAACACUGCAGACACAGGAUGGAUACUAACUUCAAUAGCAUCUUUUUUUGAUCCUUGGGUUUUUGGAUCAUGUGUCUUUAUACAUAACCUACCACAGACUGACUCAGAAGUUAUCCUAAAUACUCUCUGCAGAUUCCCAAUUGAUGCCCUGGUCGGUGCUCCAACACUGUUCCGCAUGCUGGUGCAAAAUGAUCUGUCCAAAUACAAAUUCAUGAGCCUGAAGUACUGCAUAAGUGGAGGGGAACCACUCAACCCAGAAGUCAUGGAGCAGUGGAAGAGCUACACUGGGCUGGACAUCCAUGAAGUGUAUGGCCAGACUGAAAUGGGAGUAAUCUGCUCUAUUUCUAAAGGAAUGAAGAUUAAACCUGGAUCAAUGGGGAAAGCAGCUCCCCUUUAUGAUGUUCAGAUCGUAGACAAAAAUGCCAAUAUCCUGCCUCCAGGACAACAGGGGGAAAUUGCUAUCAGAAGCAAACCUAUAAGGCCACUUGGUUUUUUCUCUGAAUAUUUAGACAACCCUAAGAAAACUGCAGAAAGUGAACGUGGGGAUUUUUAUGUCACUGGAGACAGAGGGACAAUGGAUGAAGAGGGAUAUUUCCAGUUUAUUGGCAGAGACGAUGACAUCAUCAUUUCUUCAGGGUAUCGCAUCGGGCCAUUUGAAGUAGAGAGUGCCCUGAUAGAGCACCCAGCUGUGGUGGAAACAGCUGUUGUCAGCAGCCCAGACCCCCUCAGAGGAGAGGUUGUGAAAGCAUUUGUGGUUCUGUCCCCAACUUUUCCAUCCACUGACCUGAAGAGCUUAACUCGUGACUUGCAGGACCAUGUUAAGAAAACUACUGCUCCAUAUAAAUAUCCUAGAAAGGUGGAAUUUGUCAAAGAGCUGCCAAAGACAGUCACUGGGAAGAUCAAGAGGAAUGAGUUAAGAGACAAAGAGUGGGGACGGAUAUAGCAUUGUUUGGAAUUUAACAGAACUUCUUCCAUUCCAUCAGCACUAUAAACAUUUCACUACUAUAGCUGCCAUCAUUCUGAUC